AUGACUGAGUCCGAUUCAGAGCCAUUUGAUCAAGAAGCUGAAGAAAAAGCCGUUCUUGCCAAUUGGCAAAAGAAGGCGCUUUCCUCGAAGGCGGCCAAGAAGCAAAUCACCAACAGUCUUUCCCGCCAAAACCGAGAAGAGUCAAGAUCUGAGGAGAAGAGAAAACCUAAGGCGAAGAAAGACAAGGAAAACGAAGACAAAGGCUUAAGUAAUGCAGCCCAAAAGAAAGCGAGAUCUGAAAUUGCAGAGAACCAGUCUAUUAACAUUGGCAAGACGGUUUCCCUUGGCAUGAAGCUUCUCCUACAUGGAGAUGAAACGGACAAACCCGUUGAAUUCAAUCUUUCUGUGGAGCCGGAAACCACAUUCAAGACCUUAAAAAACCUAAUAGCAAAGACGACGCGAAUUCCAUCUGACAAUCAACUUCUGGUUAUUAAAGGACAAGAAUGGAAAAUGGACGAACAUGGUCGAAUAUGUGAUGACUGGUCAACUGAUGACCUGGUGGCCAUAUUUGAAGUACUUGAGCCCUCAAAAGGUAAGUAACUGUAUAUUAAACAAUAAUAAAAACACAACGAACUGAAAUGAAUUUUGUUUCUGUUCUUGUUUUGUUUUGCGUGACUGACCAAGCCGGCUGAGUCUUAAAGACACUUACUCUACCAUUUGUAUUCUUCAUUGUCAGCAGCAAACAUGUCUAUAUACAAAAGCUGAUAACUUGCCGUACGUAAAUGUUUCAUGCCUACAGGUGGAAUCAGGUCUAUUCAUUGGACGAACUUUGCAAAGUAAAACGCGAAUAAAUGUCAUUUGUUACAAAUACUGUUGCAAUUCUAUAAGACAUGAUUAAUUGAAUUGUUUUUACUUGUUUUUUCAGAGUUCAGUAAGACCACCGUCCCUGAUACCCUGGAUAGCGAAUUUCCAGCUAAAGUCGAAGUUGAUGUUAACAACGACUUUCAGCCAAGCGAUCAGUCAAGCCUGUAAAAAGGGGGUAAGUUAAUUUAACUUAACUCCUUGCCUAAAGUGUAAAUAAUUAUUUUCAGAAAAUUUGAUACCUGAUAUUAAUUCCAUAUUUUAGUCUAAAAUUGCCUUUUUUUACUUUUUUUCUCGUGACAAACUUGUAUAUCAUGGCAGUUGGCACAUCAAUACCAGUGAUUCACAAGAUUUUUAUACCGUCCACAAACGACAGACAUUUAUUAGAGUUGCCAAGGAAAUUCAUGUGCGGGAAAACUAGCUUAAGUUAUUUCGCUGCAUUAAAAACAUACGUGAAAUUUCAGUUUUUGUACUUACCUUUGAUUGUCGUCAUUCUACGCUUGUCAGAAAUUCAGAUUUUCCAAAAUACAUAGGCAUAUGAUUGCCUUUCUUGAGCGUUCCCAUGCGGCAGAAGUGAGUCUGUCGCACUUCACUUCAGUCUAAUGACAUGACAAUGCGAACAAAUGUACCAUAUUGUCACAAAUAUGUUGACAGAAUACACUGACAUUAUCACACACGAGAUUUUUACGCUUUCAAACUACAAAUAAUUGACAAGAGUUGUUCCCAAAAAAUAAUUAGAAGGAGGCUGUGCUAUAAACGUCGACUGCAAGAUCACAACUAGUAACAGGGCUAGUAACUGUUUAAUUUGAAGACAUUUUCAUCACAGUAAAACUAUUAAGUUCAAGGAACUGUCACAAAGUGAACCGUGACAACUGAUAGGAUGUUUUGUUUUCUUAAUUGAUAUCAUCAAAAUAAUACUAAAUGUCAGUCACUUUAUAAAAGAUCACGCUAUCUCAACCAAGUUGUUGUGCCGAAAAAAAAAAAGAGUGAGUGAGUUGCGAAAACUGUGACUUAAGUGUUUUGUGAAUAAAGCUACAUCAAGUGAAUUGUCGUGGAUUUCUAUGAAUACGGGCGCGAUUCGCGACACACUGUUCUGGAAUUUGCCCGCAAUGAACUCAAAGCAUGAAUGACCAUAUUUUUCCCCCAUACACCGUAUUCACAAAUGGCGGACACGCGGGAAAAAACUGGUGCCUAGUCAUGAAAGCGAGGCGUUGGAGGGUAAACAAAAAAUUGCAAAUGAAGACUUUCAGUGAACUUGCAGAGUGUUUAGCACGGAUUCCACCUAAAAUAACUUUGUACGGACUUCUUUUUAAAUACAAUUACGUGGGAUGUCUCCUGCUUUUAAUGUUUAGUAUUGAUUUGCUGUUUGCAAUCAAAAGGGACGCGUAUAUCUUCAAGGAAACAAAAUGAUUUUGUAGGUUUCCGAAGCAUUAGAAGCUCGACAAGUCGGCGAUGGCUGGAGAAAAGCGGCAAACAUGUUGGCCCAAACUUCACAAACCGAGUUCGAAAGCCAGCUCACUGAAAUUCGGUAAAAUAAAAAUAUAAACAAUGCAAAUCUUGGUGGCAAGAAAAAAAGAAAUAAGCGAUGGAUAUAUGGCCUACUUGUUAACGCAAGAGACGUGUGCCAUUGAACAAAACAGUUCAAAUCGAGAUGGAAAAAAGGAAGACAGGAAAGAAGCGGUGACUGAGGUUUCGAUGAAGUUAUGUUUGGUUUUUGUCUGCCAGGACGUUAUUCUCUGUUUUUUAUCGAUGACGGACAUCAAUUAGAACUAUCUUUUUGGUAUAAAUGCAGGAGCGAUCGAGUGGAGUACGCUCAGAAUUUCAACUUGUUACUCGGCAGACUCGGUAAGCCGGCCACAUUUCAUUUCAGCGAGUAAUUUUCCUAUUUCUUAUCUUUGGCUGUUAAGAGUUUUAACUUCAUGUUCCAUAAUAUUUUAAAAGUGAAGAAUACAUAAAUAAAUAAAAUGAUGGUCUUCUUAAACGGAUCUAGACUCGCAGUUAAUGAUUCGAAACAGAAGCUUGCCGUGUUCAGUCCUGACACAAACAUUGCCUUAAAUGUUUAACCUAGUAAAAUGUGAGCUUUAUACCACUUUUUUACCAAGAGCUCUCCGAGAUAAUGCCGUAAAGGAGACCAGGCAAAUACCAAGCCAUAAGAUUCACACACUAGAGCUUCUAGUUUUGAUAAAAUUAUUUUAUUUCGCAAUGACAAAGAAAUCAAAAGAUUUUAAGUUUGCACUGAAUUUGCUAAGCUCUGCCAACGUACCUCUAACAAUUCACUCCAAAGCGACGGAAUUAAUAUCAUCCAAAGGAAGUUGUAAAUACAGACAUACACAGAUAUGUGUAAAAUGACACUGACAUGAAUGAAUGAGUCUCGUGAAUAAAUCUUUCACCCGCUCUCGACUUGACCUGUUUUGAGUAAUGGCGGAGGUCUCUUCCGUUGACAAGUAGGCCAUAUAUCCGUCGCUUAUUUCUUUUUUUCUUGCCACCAAUAUCUGUUUUUACUUCUGUUUUACAGAAUUGCAGUGAGCUGGCUUUCGUAUUCGGUUUCAGCGUGAAGUUUGGGCCAACAUGUUUGCCGCUUUUCUCCAGCCAUCACCCACUUGUCGAGCUUCUGAGGCUUCGGCAACCUACAAAAUAAUCCUGUUUCCCUGAAGAUAUACGCGUCCCUUUUGAUUGCAAACAGCAAAUCAGUACUAAACAUUAAGAGCAGAAGACGUCCCACGUCAUUGUAUUUAAAAAGACGUCCAUAGAAAGUUAUUUUAGGUGGAAUCCGUGCUAAACACUCUGCAAGUUCACUGAAAGUCUUCAUUUGCAAUUUUUGUUUACCCUCCAACGCCUCGCUUUCAUGACUAGGCACCAGUUUUUUCCCGCGUGUCCGCCAUUUGUGAAUACGGUGUAUUAUUCGUUAGGUUUAGGAACUGGAAAAUUUGACAAUGACCUGGAAGAAAAAGUGGACAAAAUCCUCCACCAAGUGUCUGAGAUGACAGCUAAGCUUCAUAAGCUCACUGAUGCUGUAAGGAAAUUUGAGCAAUGUAAAGCCUGUAAAAAGAGAUACUACAAAGCAGUGGACAAUGCAGACAUCAGUUUUGAGGACCAGCUGUCAAAUGUUGAAUUAUCACCAAGUCCCUCAGUCUCUAUUUCACCAAAAGCUUCUGCCUCAAACAGCCCAGUUUCAUCUUUGACCACUUUAAAACCACAAAAUAGCCUAAACCAAUUGCAAAAGCCGUGUAAUGAGAGAGAGUCCACAAUGCUAAUUGGUUCCCCAAGCCGUGGAGUGUACGCGGCGAAGAAAAACGUGGAACAAAUCUCAAAGAGCAGCCCAAAACGAUUCGCCCUUAAACUUUCCGAACUUGUCUUCAGCAGGGAAGAAGCAAAGCUGGGAAGCGUUGAAGGCAAGGGUGAUAAACUUCUCAAACUGGACCCAAACCGAAUAGCAGCAGUGAGAGAAUGUACAGAGAUGUCGUUCCCUGCCAAUGAAAAUCUCAAGAGGACAGAGAUUAAAAAAUCUAUAGAUGAGAAAAGUAGAAUGGUGAGAAACAACAGGUGUUUUGUGUGGGCAGGGGUUAACACCAGCAAGGAUUAA